AGCAGAGAGGGAAGCGCAGGGAGUCUAGGAGGAGCUGCGGCAAGGUCGACACCAGCAUCCUGCCCCGAACCGCCGAACCAUCGGAGACCGAGACACCGAGACUGAGACCCACACCCGCGACAGAGUAGAUCCGGAUUAACUCCACAGUUCCGCGUCCACCGGGAGAAUUUGGAUUUACAUCCGCGGAAGAGGAAGAGGAGAGAGUUUGAAGUUUGUCGCCUCAUGUUCAGAGGCAGCUAACAGCGACCCUCCGCGUCCCUCCGCGCCGCUUUCCGCGCCUCUCUGCCCGGUGAAAAGGCAGCGAGCGGCGCGUGUGUCACGGAGCUCCUCCCGUUAGUUAGCGGACCGUAACGUGGCUUCCUGUCGCUCGGCUCUCACGUUUGUUUUGGUGCCAUGUCAGCCACAUCUCCCGCUCCUCCCGCCGCGGCGGAAAAUGACUUUCUAGCGCCGGACGCGGGGCUGAGGCCGCCGGGUCCGACGCCCAGCCAGAGCCGCUUCCAGGUUGACCUCGUUGCAGAGGCAGGGGGCGCCACUGACGAGAAGUCCCUGAGCUCAGACGCCUCCACCACGGCCCCGUCCAGCGAUAAGGCCGUUCCCGCAGACGCCUCGGACGCGGGGGCCGGCGGGGAGGAAGCCAAAGGUCGGUUUCGGGUGGUGAACUUUGCAGAUCCGAGCGGCGCCAGCAACCCGGCCUCUCCGGAUGCGCCUCCGGCCGACGGGCUGCAGAAUGGCGACACGGUGAUGAGCGAGACCAGCCUGCACUCGUCCACGGGCGGCCAGCAUCACUACCACUACGACACCCACACCAACACCUACUACCUGAGGACGUUCGGACACAACACCAUUGACGCCGUGCCCAACAUCGACUUCUACCGGCAGACGGCGGCUCCUCUGGGGGAGAAGAUGAUCAGACCCACCCUGUCGGAGCUGCACGACGAGCUGGACAAGGAGCCCUUCGAGGAUGGAUUUGCAAACGGAGACGAGCUGACGCCGGCUGAAGAAGCUGCAGCGAAAGAAGCAGCUGAAUCUAAAGGAGUGGUGAAGUUUGGAUGGAUUAAAGGCGUGCUGGUCCGCUGUAUGCUGAACAUCUGGGGUGUGAUGCUCUUCAUCAGGAUGUCCUGGAUCGUGGGUCAGGCUGGGAUCGCCCUCUCCUGCUUGAUCGUCGCCAUGGCUACCGUAGUGACAACAAUCACCGGCCUCUCCACGUCCGCCAUCGCCACCAACGGAUUCGUCCGAGGAGGUGGGGCGUACUACCUGAUAUCCAGGAGUCUGGGUCCAGAGUUCGGAGGCUCCAUCGGUCUGAUCUUUGCCUUUGCCAACGCCGUUGCUGUGGCGAUGUACGUGGUCGGCUUUGCUGAAACUGUGGUGGAGCUGCUGGCUGGUGUGGACGCCAUCAUGACUGAUGAAAUCAACGACAUCCGAAUCAUCGGCACCAUCACCGUCGUCCUCCUGCUCGGCAUCUCUGUGGCUGGGAUGGAGUGGGAGGCAAAGGCCCAGAUCUUCCUGCUGAUCGUCCUCAUCACUGCCAUCAUCAACUACUUCAUUGGAACCUUCAUCCCCUUCAAGUCCAAGGAGCCGUUGGGCUACUUUGGCUACGAUGGUGCCAUCAUGUGGGAAAACAUGGGUCCAGACUUCCGAAAAGAAACCUUCUUCUCGGUCUUCGCCAUCUUCUUCCCUGCAGCCACGGGUAUUCUGGCCGGGGCGAACAUUUCAGGAGAUCUAGCAGACCCCCAGCUGGCCAUUCCCAGAGGAACGCUCCUCGCCAUCCUGAUCACAGGAAUCGUCUACCUGGGCGUGGCCGUCUCCACAGGCUCCUGCAUCGUGAGAGAUGCCAGCGGGAACGCCAACGACACGCUCAGCGCUCAGUUUGUUAACUGCACGGACGCUUCCUGUAAGUUUGGCUACGACUUCUCCGCCUGUAAGAGCGUGGGCGACUGCCGCUACGGACUCCACAACGACUUCCAGGUCAUGAGUCUGGUUUCUGGUUUCGGUCCGAUCAUCACCGCUGGAAUCUUCUCGGCCACGCUGUCGUCGGCUCUGGCGUCUUUAGUCAGCGCUCCUAAAGUGUUCCAGGCUCUGUGUAAGGACAACAUCUACCCUGGGCUGAGCAUGUUCGCUAAAGGCUACGGCAAGAACAACGAGCCUCUCCGAGGGUACAUCCUGACCUUCGGCAUCGCCCUGGCCUUCAUCCUCAUCGCCGAGCUGAACGUCAUCGCCCCAAUCAUCUCCAACUUCUUCUUGGCGUCCUACGCUCUCAUCAACUUCUCCGUGUUCCACGCCUCUCUGGCGAACUCCCCCGGAUGGCGUCCCAGCUUUAAAUACUACAACAUGUGGGUGUCUCUGGCCGGAGCCAUCCUGUGCUGCGUGGUGAUGUUCGUCAUUAACUGGUGGGCCGCCCUGCUCACCAACGUCAUCGUCCUGGGUCUGUUCAUCUACGUCAGCUACAAGAAGCCAGAUGUGAACUGGGGCUCGUCCACCCAGGCUCUGACCUACCACCAGGCCCUGACCCACACUCUGCACCUCAGCGGGGUGGAGGACCACAUCAAGAACUUCAGACCCCAGUGUUUGGUGAUGACGGGAUACCCCAACUCUCGCCCCGCUCUGCUCGACCUGGUCCACAGCUUCACCAAGAACGUGGGCCUGAUGAUCUGCGGGCACAUUCGCACGGGCUACAGGAGGCCAAACUUCAAAGACCUGGCCACAGACCAGGCCCGGUAUCAGCGCUGGCUGCUGAAGAACGAGACCAAAGCUUUCUACACGCCCGUGUUCGCCGAGGACAUGAGGCAGGGAACGCAGUACCUGCUGCAGGCUGCCGGUCUGGGCCGUCUGAAGCCCAACACUCUGGUCCUGGGUUUUAAGAACGACUGGAGAGACGGAGACAUGAUGAACGUAGAGACGUACAUCUGCAUGAUCCACGAUGCGUUUGACUUCCAGUAUGGAGCCGUGAUCCUGCGUCUGAAGGAGGGGCUGGACGUGUCCCACAUCCAAGGACAAGACGAGCUGCUGUCGUCUCAGGAGAAAUCCUCGGGGAUGAAGGAUGUGAUCGUGUCCAUAGACACCAGCAAAGACUCCGACGCCGAUUCAUCCAAACCGUCCUCCAAGGCCACGAGUCUGCAGAACAGCCCGGCUAUACAGAAAGAUGACGACGAUGACGGCAAAGCUCCCACUCAGCCCCUGUUGAAAAAAGACAAGAAGAGCCCGACCGUCCCUCUGAACGUGUCCGACCAGCGGCUGCUGGAGGCCAGCCAGCAGUUCCAGAAGAAGCAGGGCAAAGGCACGGUGGACGUCUGGUGGCUGUUUGAUGACGGAGGUCUGACCCUCCUGAUCCCGUACCUGCUGACCAACAAAAAGAGGUGGAAGGAUUGUAAGAUCCGUGUCUUCAUCGGAGGAAAGAUCAACAGGAUUGACCACGACCGACGAGCGAUGGCCACGCUGCUGAGUAAGUUCAGGAUAGACUUCUCAGACAUCACCGUGCUCGGAGACAUCAACACCAAGCCCAAGAAGGAGCACGUGGCGGCUUUCGAGGAGAUGAUUGAGCCGUAUCGGCUGAAGGAGGACGACAUGGAGCAGGAGGCGGCGGAGAGGCUGAAGAACAGCGAACCCUGGAGGAUCACCGACAACGAGCUGGAGCUGUACCGCGCCAAGACGAACCGUCAGAUCAGACUGAACGAGCUGCUGCAGGAGCACUCCAGCACCGCCAACCUCAUCGUCAUGAGUCUGCCGUUGGCGAGGAAGGGCGCGGUGUCCAGCGCUCUGUACAUGGCGUGGUUGGAGACUCUGUCUAAGGAUCUGCCCCCCAUCAUCCUGGUGCGUGGAAACCACCAGAGCGUCCUGACCUUCUACUCCUAAACUCACCAACACUCCGAAAACGCACACACAGGGAGGAGAACAUCCGAGUUUUUCAGUCUCACAUCCACACGCCCCUCCCAGUCCAAACACUCACUCCAGAGACGGUCAAACGGCCCUGACAGGAUCAACGCCGGCGUAGAAAGAUGGAGGAUGGAGGCGACUCAGAGAGGCGGUGGGGGGUGGCUGUAGCCGUCGCCCGCUCUGCUCCUUCCUUUAUUUAUUCCACCACGUCUAUUUUAUUGCUUGAAGCUCCAGUUUUGAUCUUUUCUCGUUCUCGUUGAUUUCUCAGGCAGUUGUUCAUGAAAUUCUUGAUGUCAUACGUGUGGAGUCGAUCAGACCAGUGGUUGUGUUUGUGAUGCAGCAAUAAUCACCCCUCGUUUUUCCUUCAAUGUCGGGAGAGAACCGCAGAACGCUUUGCAACACCUUCUGAAGCCUUACGGAUGUGCCUUCCAGAUGAAAUGAUCCCGGUCCGGAGUGGGAAUAGUUUUAGAGUUUUAAUGGGAUUCCUUGGUAGUCGGAGCGUCUAUUGAUGCCAGUGAAUUGCAUGAAUUAAUGAAGGGUGUCCACUUGAUUGCAUUUCUCUUUCUCUCUCUUUUCCCCUAAUCAAUUUUAGUUUUUAUUCAGUCUUCCUAUUUAAAGCUGUUAUUAUUCGCCGCCACAGUUCUGGUCUAAGGCUAGUUUUUGACUCGCCCGUGUGGCUGCUCGUCCGUUUCUUUCUGCUGGUUUUUCUGUUUUUGUGUUUCCCCUGAAGAGAGAGAAACUGCUCCACAUAAAGCUAGUUAAACUUUGCCUUAAUGCGUACGAUUGUCACCAGUUCCUUUCCUCUUAUAAGCCAUACUGGCUGGACGGUCCUCUCUCCUCCCGUCGUCCCUCUCAUUCGUCCGUCUGUGGCGUUGUUGAUGAAUCUCUGACGGGAGCGUAUUCCAUGUUUUAGCGCCUCUGUAGCUGUGAGCGUUUGAUGGAAGCUGGCCUCUUGUACCCACAAUGCCUCGCUGUGCAGAGAUUGGCUGACACGUGCGUCGUCUUCGUCGCGGUGUGCAGGAAGACUUGCUGGCAGGAAGAAUGUGACAUGAGAAUGUGUCAGGGCUGAGUGAAGAUAUACCUCUAUGCAUUGAGCUUGUAAGUACCUGUAAUAAAAGUCAAUCGCUCCUUCAUGUCAAAGGUCGGCUCUCCUCACUUCAUUUCAGGAGCACUUUCAGGCGCGCCGCUCUUUCUGAGAAAAACACACUGGCUCGUCUCUGCUGCAGGAAACGCCACGUGUGGACGAACACUAAUGAUUUCAAAGGUCCAUAUUUCGACUGAAUCAGAGGCUCAAAGCACAACUGCUGCUUCCCAGAGCAGGCACGUCUCUGGUAACCUUAGAAAAUGAAUAAAAAGUUAAUUUAAGGAGAAAUUAAAUGAUUUAAAUCACAGAAAGUUUCUAAACAUGAAGGAAAAACCAUCAAAUAAACCCAGAAGGACAGGAGUCUGUAGAAGAAUACAGAACCGAUGAAAGUAAGCGACCCGUAAACCUUUAAACAGGUUUGCAUCAGAAACGUGUUUCUGUUUAAAUUUGCCCAAACCUCGCCGGCAAAAACAAACCGAGUGAAUUUCCAUAACUCAAGAAUAAAGACAGAAUAAGCAGGAUGUUAGCAGAUGAUCAGAAAAUACCGGCACAGCCCGAAGACUGCGUCUAAGAAGUGGACUUAGCCAGCGCUGGUUCUGAAGCCCUAAAUCUGCCACGGUCUCGUUCCUUUUAGAGGUCAGAGCUGAAGAACAGACCUUUCAUUUUCAGUCCUAGUUUUUAGCUGUCAGAAGAAGACAAUAAAAAAGAAUUAUAAUGCAGUUCACAGUGGUUUUACAUUAGAGACCUGCACCCAGAGCAUACUCGAGCACUGUGCAUGAGUUCACUUUGAGACCUGGUCUCAUUCACACAUGUGUGCUCAUGCACAGUCAUGAGAUGUGAGUGCAACCAUGCCCGAGUUCAAGGAGCUCACCAAAAGUAGAGUCAGCUCUAAACGUGUCCUGUCUUCCCAAAAACCGUUACAGCCGGGCCCAGGCCCAGUUAGGAAGAGGGAAGAGUGCUCCCUGUGACCCUGAACAGGAUUUUACCUUUACAUAAAGGAAGGCAAUAGCCUGGGGCCUUGUGCAUCAAGGGAACUCUGGAUGGGACAUGGGUCCGAACCCUAAAGUCUGUACCUGAGCACCUUCCCUGGGUCUGCUUGUACAGGUCGUCCUGGGCGUGAUCCAUGUGGAUUUGAGCACGGUACCAGAAAGGUAUAAAUGCAGCUGUGCUUGAGUAGAGUUGUGAAGUCGGUCCCUGACAUCUCCUGUCUCUUUAAAGUCCACUGCAUCUGUGCAGCACAGGUGCAGGUAGAUGUGGAGGUAGGAGGAGGCUCAAUGUUGGCGUUUACAGGAGCAGGAAGGACUCUCCUGUCUGCAUGGAGCAGACGCUAACGCUGACCUGAGUGUUAGCCAAGCCUGUCUCUGAACGCAGACCGGCAGAGGAGGAAGAGGAAACCUUUGCAUGUGAUGUGAAAACGCCGUUAAUCUGCAGGAAAUCAGAAGUGCUCUUGCACCGAUUUCCCCGUGUUUUAAAAAUCAGUUGGGAUGAUCAGGGAGGCUCUGAGUCGAUCAGGAGCUGUAAAAGAGUCGUUUGACACCACAGACUUAAGGACCAUUUAGACAAAUCAUCAGCAACAACGAGCCUUGGAGGAGGCCCUCUGAGCCCGGCAUGGAUUAAUCUCCUAAAUGAGCGCCAUCGCCAUUUUAUUUUCUAACCAGAAGCACAUACUCCUCUCCAGCUCCACCUUCUUGUCCAAAAAUAGUCACUUCCAUGGACAAAAUAAGAACUGCCACCUCCUCGGUGCUUCUUUAGCACAUCCAAACCAAGACCAGGCUGUCCUAUGACCAACAGGUAGCUCCGCCCCCUUCUUUCUGACCUCCUGACUCUAAAUGGGACCAUAAAUGGGCAUCCUGCUACAGAUAAGGACCUUAAGGAACGUUUUAGUGAGGGAAUAAAUCAGCUGAUUCCUGUAGCUCCCUCUGCUGGAGGCUGAUGAUACUCCUAAAGGCUACGUCCACUUCUUAAAUACAGACUCUUGGAUUAUGUCAAAAUUCUGCCAACACCCAGACUAGAACCUGAGCUCCAAAUCCACUGAAUUUCAAAAUACAAGUCCCUCUGUGGUUACAGGGGAACACGGUUUUAGAUUUUUUAAACUGCCACAAAUCUGCUGGAUUAAAACAGGGUUCUCUUCGUUUCUUGUUCUUUUAUUUUCCACAGAAACGAGCAGGUUUAGCAUUUAGUGUUCGUGUUCUCUGUCCUUUACUGUAUGCAAUUUCAAAAUAAGGAAUGUGACACGAUUCUAGGUUAGCUGAAUGUACUGUAAAAUAGUUAUUCUGAUAAUAAACACCGCCGCUAGGAGUUAGCAUACAUCGGCUGUUUUUGUUUCCUGCAGGGCGUCGGUUGUCACGAUACCGGGAUUUUAAACUCUGACAUGAAACUAGUCUGAAUAAAACCAGAUCAACACCACGGGGACAAAGAAGUCUAAACGCCAAAUAGUGGGUGGUCUCCUGGUUUCAGUGGGGCUAAACUGCAGACAAACUCUUACGUCCCAACUUAACUGAACGAGGGCACUGGUUUUAGAAAAGGGGAGGAACUGUGGAGGAGUGAGGUAGCACCGACUUUUCCAUUGUGUCACCCGUGUUUUUGUUAAAGUCAGAGUUUGCCUGCAAGUUCUGAGAGUUAAAGACACGAUUCUACCAACUAUUAGACGUCUGACUUCUCUUUGUCCACGUCUGCAGCAGAAAGCUUGCAACCUUAAUUCUCCUGAAGAAGAAGAAGAUGUUUUUUAUCUUCGGCACAUUUUAGAACCGUAGCUCAUUAAAAACUCGUGGUAUCGUAAAUGUAGACAACCUGCAGUUAGCACACGCUGCUGUUAGCAUUUUUACUGCUGCAUCCCAUCACUCUGCUUCAGCUGCACAGUGUGUGGGCCGUGAUUGAAUCUACAUACGUGUGUGUGUGCGCUGUGGGGAGAGUUUGUUACGAGUGUAUAUAAGCAUUCAGUACAGUCAGUGUGUACGCGCUCAUGCUCAUCAGUGUAUUUAAUGUAGCCUCAGUACUUUCAGACUAAAUGUGUAAAGCAUGCACUGAGGAUCUUUUUAAAGGCACAAAGACGAACUCUGGUUGAGGUUUAGGUCACUACAGCGCCCCCUAAAGGCCUCUGUGUAGAUUUUAGCAGUCGUAAAACCAGCGUCAAUCACUCAGUCCACAUCAUUGAGAGGAAGAGAAUUAAAGCACACUAGACAGAUCCAGAGCGGUGGUCCUCAUCAGUGAUGAAGAUUCAGUAUCAAAAACCGUUUCAUAGAAGAUCACAUCAUCUGCAUAAAGUCUAACCCAGAAAGGGGUUUCUGCAGUUUCAUUUGUCAAAAUCCCUGCAGCAUAAAAGUCAACGCUGCAAGUUAAUUUAUGUUUUUCAUAUCUGUUAAUAAAUCAGAGCUUUGCAUGUGAAGUUUUAAUUCAAACACAGAUCCAGUUUUUUACUCAAAAAUCACUCCUGAUUUCUACAAUCAACAUAAAAAUGAAAAACCAUGCAGACUGAGAUCCACGGCUUUAAACUGCAAAGAUUUUGGCAACAUUACACAGAGGUUAUGAUUCAAUACACUGAUAGAAUUAAGAUCACAUCGUCUGCAGAAGAAAGCCCUCAGGAUAAAACUGGAUGCUGCAGAUUUAUUUGAAUGUUUCUGAACCGGUUAAGAAUUUAAAAACCUCUACAGGUAAACUUUUCAUUAGAGGAUCAGUGAAGACGUUGAUAUGGUACCAGUACUGAAGAGUCUCAGUAAUCUGUGCUCCUGUGCAUCAAAAAUGUUUGAACCAAACUUUAUUGGAAAAAAUCCAGGCAGUUUCAAAGCUGCUUGCUAGCUUCAUUCCUGCAGAAAUUCAGGUUGAACUAAAAGUGCAGCAGCGUCUGUCAGACUGAAGAGGAGUGUGUGCGUUUAGGGUUCAGGGAGACGGUUUUGUUCUGAAACAAAGAUGUUUCCAGGCAUGCAGACCUUUUAAAAUGCUUUUAAAGUUGUGUUUGGAGAAAGAGAAAUAUUCCUGCGCUGUUUUUAAAUCACUUAUUCUGGAACAAAAAAAGACAAAGGCAUAAAAACUUUGUUAAAUUUUUAGAGAAUAAUCUUAUGUUGCAAAAUCAGUGAGGUAAUAUCUUAUUUUUCUUGCUGUUUUUGCAAACCCCUCCAAUCAGGUUUUGUUUUGCCAAUUGGUUAGUUAGUUAAUUAAUUAAUUAAUUAAUUAAUUGAUCACACAAAUGCAAAGAGACUUAUUUCUCACUAGGGAUGUAUAUUUCAAGUAAAAAUUCUUUUGUAAAAUCCCUGAGUAGAAAAACAUGAAGGACCGUAGAGAUGCAUGUUUGUUAGCUUGAAGCUAACUAACAAUGGAAAUUUCCAUUAGCAGGCUAAUAGAUUUAGCAUUACCUAAAAACGUGUUUGAUGCACAGUUAAGCACAGAAGUUAAGGUAGUUUUAUUCCUCCUGUCUUCUUCUUGCUAUUUAAAUACAGUUCGCAAACAGCUUUUAGCCUCACUACAGCCACCAUGUGGUGGCAGUGUGGCAUUACAACCACGCACCAGGAACAACAGUGGAAGAAAAACAUUUAGAUUGAGAUAAAGUCCCAUGAAAUCUUUGAUAUUUUGGAUAUAAAUUAACUUCAUUGCCCAGCCCUAGUUUAAACAUUUCAUCUUAAAUAUUUGGAGGUUUUGCGUGAUGAAUGAUCCUGCAUUUUAAGGUCAUAACUCCUGAUUUUAACAGGCUUAUUUGAUUGUGGUGAUCCUGAUGAAGCAUGAACUGUUCAGAAGAAGCUAACGUUAACCUGCAGUCAGAUUCAGCCAUUAGGGGGCGCUGUGGUGCACUCUGACCAAAGGUCUUUAACGUGUUGAUGUUCUGCUGUGAAGCGUCGCUCUCCCCUCUGUUACACGUCAACAAGAACACGGGUUUCUCUAUAUUUGUACAUUACAGAAAUAUAAAUCUAUAUAAACUUGUAUCCGCCUAUUUAAGAUGUACGAGUCGGCCUGGGGGGGGGGUCUUUAUCUUUGAUACGUCACAGAGACCAAAUAACAGCGGCGUCAGCGUCUUCAUCGUUCUGUCCCGUAGGUAGAUCUCAAACCUCUGCGUCCUACUGAACAAACCAAAAGUCCCAGUACGAGUCCUGGCGUCCUCACCUGGUCACCACUGUACCUGUUUUUAUUGCCAAAGCCCCGCCUCCUCUCCAUGAAGACGGACGAAGUGUAAAAAGUCCUCCUGGUCUUUCUAUCUCCUUCAGACUAACGUGUAAAUAAACUCCAUAGUCUAACGGCGUAAAUUAAGGGAGAAGAAUAUUAAUUUCAGUACGGAGAAAGAUAUUUAUUUUAGCCUAGAUUUUCUCCACCGUUUUGUCUUUCUGGGUUUUUGGUUGUAAGUUAAUUUGCAUGUUGAUUUCUUUUUCUUUUCCUUCGUUGCCUUUUUGAUUUUAGCAGACGUGUCUUUCUCUCUUCUCUUGGUGUUUUUCGAUCUUUUGAUGCCUUUUUGAAGAAAAGUGGUGCGGACGGCAGACGAUCACGUUUCCUCUGGAAUCGACCCGCUGGUAGAAGCAGGAAUGUUUUAUACACUGUACUGUUAACAGUCACAGAUAUGCUUUUUCUAACAUUUUAACAUUUAUGAUUACCAAUACUUUGUACAUCUUUAUUGCAAUAAAUAAAUCAAUGAAAUC